AUGGCUUGCAUAAAGAGAGUUGAUAGAUCCGCUUUCGUUGCCAUGGCACCAAACGCUCCGUUCAUGGCGGCCGGAACGAUGGCCGGAGCCGUCGAUCUGUCUUUCAGCUCAUCCGCCGAUCUCGAGAUCUUCGAACUCGAUUUUCACUCCAACGACCGUGAGCUGAAACCAAUAGGUCAGUGCCCAAGCUCCGAGCGGUUUAAUCGACUCGCUUGGGGAAGUUAUGGAUCCGGAUCCGAGGAAUUUCCCUACGGUCUCAUCGCCGGUGGCCUCGUCGACGGGAAUGUCGGUUUAUGGAAUCCACUUUCUUUGAUUCGUUCCGAGCAUAAUGAAAGUGCGCACGUUAGACAUCUUUCAAAACAUAAAGGGCCUGUUCGUGCUCUUGAAUUUAAUGUUAUCUCAAUAAACCAACUUGCUUCGGGGGCUGAUGAUGGUACAGUUUGCAUUUGGGAUUUAGCAAAUCCUUCAGAGCCUUCUCAAUUCCUAAAGGGUACUGGUUCUUUUACGCAAGGUGAAAUAUCCUCUGUUUCAUGGAAUAGAGAGUUUCAGCAUGUUUUAGCAUCUACCUCAUACAAUGGGACUAGUGUGAUAUGGGACGUGAAUAACGAAAAGGUUAUAACAGGUUUCAAGAACUCCGAAUCAAACAACACAGUUAAAGGUCCCAUAAGGUGUUCAGUUUUGCAAUGGGACCCUGAUAAUUGUAAUCAGAUAAUGGUUGCCUCAGAUGAAGACAGUUCACUUACUGUAAAGCUUUUGGACAUAAGGUAUCCACAAUCACCUGUUCGCACAUUUGUUGGCCACCAAAGAGGUGUUACUGCAAUGGAGUGUUGUCCAAGCGACAGCUUGUACCUACUUACCUGUGCUAGAGACAACCGGACUAUUUGCUGGAAUACAAAGACAUCAGAGAUUGUGGCUGAGUUACCUAGUGUCAACAAUUGGAAUUUUGAUGUUCACUGGCACCCAAAGAUACCUGGAGUUAUAUCAGCAUCUUCGAUUGAUGGAAAAAUUGGCAUCUAUAACAUUGAGGGUUGCAGCAGCUCUGGUAGCGAUGAGAACAGUCAAGUUUCUGCUCCUUUAACAGCACCAAAAUGGUGGAAGAGACCCGUUGGUGCAUCUUUUGGAUUUGGAGGAAAGCUUGUGUCGUUUAACUCAAAUCUCCCUGGGGCUUCUGAGGUUUUUUUGCAUAACAUGGCCACAGAACAAAGUUUGGUGAAUCGGAUAACGAAGUUUGAAGCUGAGAUAGACAAUGGAGAGAAGACUUCACUAAAGAGUUUUUGCGUGAAGAAAUCUGAAGAGACGGAAUCCGAAGAAGAGAAAGAAACAUGGGGCUUGCUGAGAAUCAUGCUUGAAGAGGAUGGGACCGCAAAGACGAAGUUGCGUAUUCAUCUUGGCUUUAGUUUACCUUCUGAGGAUCAAAAUGUUAAUGAGCCUCAUGCUAUAUAUUCUUCUGAAAACGUUAAAGAAACUCAACACAUUCCAGAAGAAAGCUCUGAUCCAUUAUUUGAUGAUGCCAUCCAACGUUCAUUGAUUGUGGGAGAUUACAAGGAAGCUGUAGCUCAGUGUUUGUCUGCAAAUAAGAUGGCUGAUGCUUUAGUUAUUGCUAGUGUUGGUGGUACAACGUUGUGGGAGAGUACUCGUGAUAAAUAUCUGAGAAUGAGCAAUGUACCUUACAUGAAGGUUAUUUCUGCGAUGGUGAACAAUGAUUUAAUGAGUCUUGUUCAUACAAGGCCACCUAAGUUGUGGAAAGAAACCCUUGCUCUCAUCUGCACUUUUGCACAAGGAGAUGAAUGGAUAAGCCUCUGUGAUGCUCUUGCCUCGAAUCUGAUGUCUGCUGGUUUUACUCUAGCUGCAACUCUGUGCUACAUUUGCGCAGGCAAUAUCGACAAAACAGUAGACAUUUGGUCAAGGAGCCUUGAAAAAGAAAGUGCUGGAAAAUCUUAUUCUGAGCGUGUUCAAGAUCUUAUGGAGAAGACUCUUGUCCUUGCUUUGGCAACUGGAAACAAGAGAUUCAGUGCGUGUCUAAGUAAACUCUUUGAGAGUUAUGCUGAGAUAUUGGCCAGCCAAGGACUUCUUGCUACGGCUAUGAAGUUCUUUAAAGUUCUUGAUUUCUCACCUGAAUUUCUGCCUCACCAAACUCAGACGGUACCGCAGCCAUCUUCUACUCCAGCUCCAGCAACCAAUGCUCAGUUAUCCAAAACUACUCUGAAUCCAAAUUCACUUGGCCAAUUUCAUCCUCAACGGCUAAUAAUGGGUCCUCGUUUAUUUACUCGAGCCGAGAACUCAACAUACAACGCACCACAAGGUCCUGGCUCACAUGGAUCCAACCUUUCACAACCUGGUCUAUAUAUUAAAUCUAAGAUUCCCCAAACUGUUGCUCCACCACUAGUGGAACUCAUGGUUCCAGCAGAGGAGGUAGCGUUGCAACCAGCAUCCCCUGCACCUGUAGCUUCACCACCCACUGUUCAGACCGCAGAUACUUCAAAUGUACCAGCCCACCAGAAACCUAUUGUGGCUACAUUGAUGAGGCUUUUCAAAGAGACGUCGGAAGGAUUAGGAGGUUCACGAGCUAAUCCUGCCAAGAAGCGUGAGAUAGAAGACAACUCAAGAAAAUUAGGAGCUCUGUUUUCGAAACUCAAUAAUGGGGACAUCUCAAAGAACGCUUCUGAUAAACUCGCUCAGCUCUGUCAAGCUUUGGACAAACAUGACUUUGGUGAAGGUUUACAUAUACAGUUGCUUAUGACGACCACGGAAUGGGAUGAAUGCAACUUCUGGCUCUCGACACUUAAACGGAUGAUCAAAGGAAGGCAAAAUGUUCGGUGAAAAUGGUGAAACUAUAUGGUCUAUUCUCAUACACUGACUAUUUUGCUCUCUCUCCUUUUUUGGUGGGGAGUUUGAAUCCUCGGAAGAAUCAGCAUUUGGUUAGAAAGCUUUUGAGCCAAGCAAUGUUGGAAAAGCCUGAUGAGUUCAUGAAACUGUGUUAAAGGUCGUGGGUUCGAAGACAUUUCUUAACAUCUUGUUUUGCUUUUCUUGUAGUUUUCCUUUCUUAGCCAACAAAGUCAAAAUGAAUAGAGCGGCCGAUUGUGUGACAUAUGGGUCCCCGUUAUUACCCACUUUUAGUUACCACA